GCGCGCUUUGAGUCGGACAUGGAUUCAGGAGACGGCUGGUGAGCAGGCGGGGUGGAAGUUUUCCCAUGCGCCGGUUGUAGGCUCUGUCAGCGCUCGAGGGAGAAGAAGGAAAAGAAAGAUAAGAGUUUUAGGAGCAGUAAUGAAUGAUCAUUGUUUAUAGAUCAAUACGCGUGAUGGUUGAAUCAGUGGAAUAGCGAUCAAGCUGGUUUUCGAGAAAUGGAUGAACUGGAAUAAUCCAGCUGAGAAGAUCGAAGGAUCAUCUCUGGAGAUCGCCGUGUAAACCGAGUAACUCAGGCCAAAUCAUCACAGUGUUUACUUUACCCCCUGACCUCAGCAGGAUGGUGUUAAUCAUCUAGACAGUAGGAAAGAUAGAUUUAGAGAGCUCAUAAUGCGGUUUAAUGAGAAAGAGCUGGUGUUCCUGAGCCGCCAGCCGUCAGAGAGAGCGGCCGAGCUGGGCAUGAAGGGUCCGAAGAAAGGCGACGUAAUGAAGAGGAGACUGGUCAAGCUGAUAGUGAAUUUCCUGUUUUAUUUUCGCACCUAUGAGGAGGAGCCGAUUGGUGCUUUGCUUCUGGAGCAGUGUAGAGUCGAGAGAGAAGAUGAUCUCAACUUCUCUAUUACUUUCCUAGAUGAGGCAGAGAGGAAGUACCUGUUUGAAUGUAGCUCUCGGGAGCAAUGCGUCGAAUGGAUGGAUGCUAUUAUAAAAGCCAGCUAUGAGUUUAUGCGCAAGAACCUCAUCUUCUAUCGAUCUGAGAUCCAUCGACUGACUGGCAAGGACCCGUUGGAGCAGUAUGGGAUUUCAGAUGAGACACGCUUCCAGGUGAGCAAUGCGCUCCCUCCUCCACCUCCAUAACGGCGCUCAGCGAGUCCGCUUCCAUCUACUUUGUGCAGAAGAUUUUUAUUUUAAACGAAUCGAUACACUGCUGUCAUUUUUUUCCUCUUUGUUCAGAAUCACAACACGUUUUAUCGUCACCUGAACAGGGUGAAACGGCUACUAUUACUGUGUAUUUUUAAUUAUCCUACUGUUGGGAAUGUGAGCUGAGAAUGAGCCAGUAGCAGUGUGUUUUAACAAGGUCUUUCUUUUUAUUCAUUUUCAGCAGUAGUUGCCUAUUAGCUUCACCCCUAUCACUAAAAAACAAAACAACGCCCACAGGUUUGUUUGGUCACUGCUAUAUACAGAAACAGUUUGAUCUUUUGUUGGGGGCAAGAGGGCAUCUGGUUGGUUUCACUUCAUUAAACUGUGUGUGGCCUGCAGCCCUGUUUUACAUGUGUCACAUGUGACACAAAGCAACUUGCACUGAACCACUUCCUGUCAUUAAUAUGUGACUGUUUGUGGCAUUUCAUUUGUGGUUGGUGUGUUAGGUGCAAUAGAUGAUUUAUUAAGCCUAAUAUUCACUAAGUUCACGUCGACCAGUCUUAAUUUGAACCCAAUAUUACCUUCUUUACCUUCUUAUUUUAAUUUGUAAUUUCAAGCCUGCACAGUGUAAAGCUACUAAGUUAUUAAUCUGUAACACCAGACGUUUGGUUAGUCUAGUAAUUAUUUGCACAUCAUGGGCAUUAAAUGGAAAACUAACUAUACCCACUGUUCACCCCACUGUGACAGAAAAUAGUGUCCAGCCCAAUGACAAGUUCUUGAGUACAGAUGGAAAACUUUUUGUACAGUCCUGUGAGAUUCAAUAUUAGAUUCUGACUAAAUCCACCACAGUGGAGUAGGCUUGCGAGACAUAAUGAUUUAAUCGUCUAUACUCGCUAAUGCACUGUGAUGAUAUCCCGUGAUGUUUAUUCCAGCUCUAUUACCAGGUCGGCUUAAUACCAGACAUAUGUUGUACGUAAUACAAUUGAUUAUUCGUGUAUGUAUUGAGCAUAUUGAAUGCUCACACGGUUCCUAGAAGCUCCGCCCCAUUCCUUGAAUCUCGCGUGCUAUUUCAGGUCACCAAUCCAUCAGUGUAGACGAGUAUAUAUGUUAAAUGUAUUUAUUAGGGACGCCACUGAAAUAUUUCAACUAAAAAUGGUCAGAAAUUACACAUUCAGUCUUCAGAGCCAUCGAGUGUUCAUGAUUGGCAGUGCCAGCAAGCAGAUCCCAAAAUUUUAUCCCCACUCUCCCCUAUUCUUGAGAAACCUGGUGUACUGGAAAUGCUUGUUUUCCUGUUCCUUUAUUUAGGCCACUCAUUCAGGAUGAAUUUCUUGUUUGUUUUCUUUAUGUAAAUCAGGAACUAGGAAAAAUCCAAAUCGCGCAAGCCUACACUGGAAUUACAAGUAAAGGAAGUCCUGAACUGUAAACCCCCUGAGAAUGCCCAAUUCUUUAUAUACUUGCUUCAAGGUCUAAUAUAUUAUCCAAGCUUUCAGCUGUAGUUCCAUCCACCUCUUGUUUUUUUGUUGUAGGUGGCUAACCUCAUGACAUAUUUUCCUACGCAUAAUUAACAGUACAUCAUAUUUCAUCCUAGACCGCAUUAGAAAGACUGAGAUAUAUGAUUUCUGUUACUUGUUAGCUUCACAGGCAGUUAGUUUUAGUGCAAAACCAUCGAUCAGGAUUUUGGCUUAACUACAUUUGCCCCCAAAAAAGUAGCAGAUGACUAGAGCCAUUCCUAGACUUUUAAUGAUGCCAGAACAGGUUUUCAGGCAAGAUUUGUGGCUCUUUAUCCAUUUUGGUUCCACAGAGAAAGAAAAAUAUUUUUCCCAGUGUUCACAUUCUGAAGGAGGAUUAAACUCAAGCUUCUCAUAUCAGUCUUUAAACUCCUCCAUUUGCUGUUUUCUUCCCUUCACCAGAGCCCUGCAUUUCUAUAUAAGAGACCAUCAGAUCAGAGAUGUGUCUAAAUCAUCAUCCUGUACAUUACUGUGAAACAUAUGGCUUACUCCAGAAAAGGUGUAAAGGAUCCCAGGCUAAAAUUUUCUUUAAGGAACUGAAAAUAAAGCCACGGGUUUUCCAUUUCAGUCCUCUUAAGAACCUUUUCAGGCGCCUUUGUUUUUAAGUGUGUAUGAAAUGGCAGGGCAGUGCAGCUUGUUCUAACAGCAAUAUAACAGGACACAGAGGUUUGUUUGUGCUACAGCUGAGGAAAACUCUUCAUAUUGAACGCCUGGGGCAUAUUUCCAUUCAGUUGCAUUAGAAAUCAUGAAGCGAGCAUUACUUUUCAGAGAAAUGUCUUUCCAGCUAUAUCUGUAUGUUUGUGUUUCGUUUUACAAAUACAUUUAAAAAAAAAACAAAAC